AAUUUAUAAUUUUGAAGUUGAAGUAAAUUUGAACUGUAAUUGUAGUUUUUUAUAUUUUUACUAAAUUUGGUAUAUACUAUAAUGUUGACUGCAUACUAAUUAACACUAUCAGAUUACCUCGAAAUUGGUAAAAUAAAAAAUAUUUAAUCGAGAGUUUUUACUUUAUUAUGUCAUUUUAAGUCAUUGAAAAUUUUACAAUUCAACCAACUGUUAUGAAUAAUGAUUCUGGUAUAAUUAGCUUUCAACAUUGUAAUCAUAAGAACAUAUACUGUAUAAACAUUCCAGCUAAUUGUCCUAUUUGCAAAAUAUGUUUAAACAAUUUGCAGAGCAUUCCAGUCAGAGUUCCUUAUCCUUUUGUAAGAGCAUCUCAGCAAUCAUGUUCUGUUAUUGUGAAACCAACUCAAGGGGAUUUUUUAAAUAAUUACCAACUAAUGGAUGAUUUACAUAUUGGAGUGACAACAUCAAGAGGUACUGUUAUAUCAUAUGAUUGGAAUGGAGUCAGUGAGGAUACAGACAAUUGGCAAGAAUGUUUAGUUGUGUUUCAACUAAAUGACCAUUGUAUGGAAACACAGUGGGAUACUAUAUUAACAAAUAUAGUAAAAAAUGAGUUUUGGGACAGUGCUAGAUACAAUGAAGAGGAUCACAAUUGUUUUUCGUUCAUAAUGGCUUUCAUAAAACAGUUCAACGUCUUCAAAUUACCGGUGCAUCAUGUUGAAACGAGAGAAGACUUUGCUGAAUUGUACGUAGCUCCAACCACGUUAAAAGCUUAUAAAUACAUUUAUUUAUACAGACAAAUAACUGAAACUGGUUUCUAUAUUUACAGUCAACCUUCGAAUGAAAUAUUAUGUACAUAAUACAAUUAUUAAUUAAUAUAAUUACUAUACAUAUUA